UUGAGCGGUCUUGAUUCCAAAAUUAUCAACAGCGAUCAUGACGUCUUGAAUCAGGAACCCACUUCUUCUCUGAACCCAUGGUUUCGUUUCGCGAUGUGUACUGACUUUUCAAGGUACUCUAUGGGGAGCACGGCCAACGCUCUCUCUUCCGGUGUUUUGGCAUCUGCGAUUUGGGCAAAGAGUUCUGGUCGUUCACACCAAUACGCUGAUCGUUCAAAGAAUCAGCGAACUAGAGGGCCUGAAUGCGUUUGAUUUACCAGGAAACUCUGUG